UGUGUGGAUCUAUUUUGAAGUUUCAAUACCUAGAGUUAAAAAAAAUUGGAGCAAAAAUGUGAUAAUCAAAGGGACUAACUAAACCUCAAAGAAGAAAGAGAGUAUCACGGGAUUGGUCGACAGGUUCGGGAGCCUGGAAAAGGACGAAGGAAGGUAGGAUCUGAAGGAGGAGAAGGAUGGAUGGGGGCAACUACGUACCGAACAACCCCCAGUUCGGGCUCCAGCUCGAAUGUAACUGGACCCCCUCGAUAGCAACGGCACCGGUGCAAACUGCCAACGGCUGUGCUGUCCAGGUAUCAUCGAACUGUUCUUCUGCAGGAGGUGGUGUAGGUGCAGGAGUUGCAGAUAGUGCUGCAAGUGUUCCAGGAGACGACCUAUCACCUUGGCCGGAGGAUAUGGGUUCUUUUACCUUGCCUCUGGAUCUAGAUCCAUUACCAACGCUGUUUCCAUUUUCACCAUGUGCCACAACUAACAAUAACAAUUACAAAACGGAUAACUCCUUUCAUUCACCCCCGUCGAUGUCGUUUCGAGAGACGAAACCGUCUUCAGGGGACGUAGCAGACGUCCUGCUAUCACUCAAACACGCUGUUGUUCAUCCUGAACAAGAACAGCAGCAGCAAAUCUAUCAUCCGCAAGUGUUAAUGUCACCAAACAAUUGUCCUGGUACUUUUUGCGACCAAUCGUUUGCCCAGCAACCAUCAGCGCCAGUUUUCCCAUCCAUGUCUGUCAACGUCUCCAUGAAUAUGACCAUGCAUGGGUAUCAUCCCGCAGCGGCUGCUUACCCUACCACCACGGAAAUUACAUAUCCUCAGGUCCAGUGGAAUUCAGGUCCUCAGUUUUCGCCAUCGACCCAAGGACUGUUAUCGCCGGGUUAUGGUAGUGCCACAUAUUCGUUCACAGCUGAUUUUAGGCCUCCUCAGCACCAAGAACCACCUUCUGCGGUAUUCUCAGCGGCCUACAAACCAGUCAUGUCACUAUCACCUCCUCGAAGGAAGCACCACCACAGUUUACCUGUACAUUUUGAGGAAGAAAACCAAAAGCCGAACGUUUGUCGAAUAUGCGGAAAGAGUUACGCUCGUCCUAGCACACUCAAAACGCAUCUGCGCACUCAUUCCGGCGAGAAACCGUACCGCUGCAUCGACUGCAACAAGUCCUUCUCGCAGGCGGCGAAUCUCACCGCGCACGUGCGCACCCACAGCGGCGAGAAGCCGUUUCGCUGCCCGGUGUGCGACCGGCGCUUCUCGCAGUCCAGCUCAGUCACGACGCACAUGCGCACACACAGCGGCGAGCGGCCGUAUCGCUGUCGCUUGUGCAAGAAGGCCUUCUCGGACAGCAGCACGCUCACGAAACAUCUGCGCAUCCACAGCGGCGAGAAGCCGUACGAAUGUAAACUGUGCCUGUUGCGAUUCUCGCAAAGUGGAAACCUAAAUAGGCAUAUGCGAGUGCAUGGAAAUAACGGGACCAUGGUAAUCACGUGAUCUUUAUUUAAAAGGUUUUAAGGAUUGUGAGAACAUUUGUGUGUCAUAAUGUAAAGUACAACGAGAUGUUUCAAUUAAUUAUUUAUUAAUAUGAAUGUACUUACUUACACCAAAAAUUCUAAAUUUAUAUAAAAGGUUGACAUUUCGACCUUUCGAAAUCAAUUCUUGAUUAGUUAAAGUCUUGUGAUGAUAAUAUCGAUUUUUAUGCCCAAUGUACAUACUGUAAAUUAGUAAAAAGAAGAUGAAAAUAUGCGCAACGAGAAUAAAUCGAAAUUUCAUUGUGAAUGAAUUUGU